AUGACCAGUUGGUCAUCGGAUGAACACACGGCGAGUUAUGGACCGAUGCAACAUCAGCCGCAGAGCGGAGCCAUGUUGCUGAUUCAGUCGACCUCCGGCUUUGGCCGCAAAGGUCAGAAGAUGUCCCUUUCGGGUUCCAAGGAGAAGGAGAAGCCUUUCUCGCGGAUCUGCAAGCCUUGCUUGCCGAUUAGAGUAGGCAUGUUACUUCUAGCCUUGGCAUCUGCCGCGGUUCUCGUGAUGAUUUUGACUGGCUUCAAAAGAUGUAAGGCCUUUACUUGCUACUUACUUUUUGUUCUAGUGUUCCUAUUUGACACGAUUUCCUAUUUAUUCAUUCAUCUCGAAAUUUGAUAGAAGCUUCAAGAUUUCGCGUGCCUCAUCUAUCUUUUCUAUUUUGACGUGUAUUUAAGUUCAACAUUCGCCAGUCGAGUAUCGUAUCUUCUUUUUUGUUCCAAUUGAGUUACAUUCAGAUUUUUAACUGCGUGGAAAAGCGUGGGUAAUAUGAUGGACUUCAGAGUCUUAGUUUGUGCAGAAAAAAUCCGCAAUUUAUUGUCCACUCUAAGUCGGUAUAUCAGCCUAUUUGGUUCCUUCACCCACAAUGAAAGCCAAUGUCUCUUCCCUUGUGGAUGAGAGGAACUAGCAUGGCGCGAGCUUUCGUCUGAAGACGGUCCACAACGAGUAAAGAUUGCCAAGGAGGACUCAGGCAGAACUUACCCGCAAUCUUUAGUCAAAUUAUGAAGAAAGGCACUUCAGAGAACUGAUAUUAUACCUGCUCCUCAGAAUAGCUCAUGGAAUGAUCUUAUCCUUUUAAGCUUGGAAGAAAACAUAGGAAUUGAAAUUAAUAUCAUUGAAAGGAGCAAGCCUGAGAAGCAGUAAAAGACACAGAUAGACCAUGUUCUUUCCUUAUUAUCACCUGCACCCCCACUAUUGCAACACAAAAAAUUAAAAAACCCUUAAUCCUGGUGUACGUUGACCUAGCAUGAUGACUAGUAGUCGAUGAUGACUUAAUGUUGAUGCCUUUACUUUCCAUCAUACUGCCUCCUUUUUUCUGGAAGGAAUGUCAUAAUCUGUUGAAUUUUUGGGGAUAACAGCAGUGUCUCCUAAGAAUGCGAUACAUGCAUACCCAAGUUUUGGAGUCUUCUUUUCCAGCUUUUGUCUUGGUUUGAAUCAUUUUGGUCUGUGGUACGCUGGAUAUCUUGAAUCAUCCGUAUUUAACGCUUCAACUUUUUUAUAAAAGACAACUCAUCUUUAGAUCGAGCUACUCAUUUCAUGUUGAAAAACAAAAGGGCUUCUGUAAGACCAGAUUAUCUUUUGGUUGCCUUUUUCCAGUAAUGAUUGUGAGAUGCUGAAUGAAGUUCAUCAAUCCUUGCAUCUUGCUUUCUGUAUAUUGGAUAGCCCAUCUUGACGAGCUAAACACUUUUGAGCGUCUCUAAGCAUUGAAUUUGGUGUUUAUUAUGCUAAAAAUAAUUUUGAACUGUAAUUUUUCUUCCUCCUCCGACUACCAUGGAUCUAGUUCCUUUCUAAUUUUUUUUGACUUGAACGAAACCUGACUGCUGUGUGUCUGUUUCUCAGCGAUUACCCUAUCAGAAAUCCCGAAGGCAAGUGAAUUUUCUCCAUUUCCUCAAGGUUCACGCCCCCUUGUGUCUGGUGUGCCCACAGCUUCUUCUUUUAUUUCACAAAAUGAUAAAAGGAGCAUGGAGGAACGCCCUCCACCAAAGGGCAACCUAGACGUUCCUAAAAACAGGUCUCAAUAUCAUAUUCCAGUUGCUUUUGAAACUCCUUUACCUCUAAAGCAUCCUUGCGAAGGCUUCUCAUUUUCACCACCACCUGCUGAUAAGAAACGCACAGGCCCUCGCCGUAAGUUAUUCAAACAUAAUUUCUUUUAUGAAGCUUAUGAUGUUAUUGGUCAUGGUUUUCCCACUUUUGUUCAGCUUGUCCUGUAUGUUACGUGCCUGUGGAGCAUGCAAUAGCCCUAAUGCCAGCUACAUCAUCAAUAUCUCCCACUCUCAAGAAUUUGAUGUACGUGUCUGAAGAAGAUCCCUCCACAGAUGAGUCAAGUAGUGGGUUUAAAUUUGGUGGACAUCCCUCUAUGAAGCAAAGGAACGAAGCCUUUGACGUGAAAGAAUCAAUGUCCGUGCAUUGUGGGUAUGCUUUUCCUGAACUUUUUAGCUUAUUUGAGUAAAUAUAGUAUGCUGACGAGGGUGAAACAAAAAAAAGAGGAUUUUAUCAGUUGAAACAAAAUUAGCAGGGGCAAGGCAUUGUCUUUUGUUUUACAACUUUCGUUUCUUUUUUCAGGAUUUAGACAAGGAAAACUGUUCACCGCUUCCUUUGCUUCAUUUUCAGAAUUUACAAUGUUGUCAAUCACUUAGUUUCAGGAGAGGUUAUGCUUGUAGAAUGGCUUGUCGAGUGAAGAAUCAGGGCUUCUUUUUUUUCUGAUCAAACAAGGCUAUGAAUUGACUGAUGUAUUCCUGGACUGCUAAUAAGCACAAGAGUUCGGACCUAGUACUUUCAGUUAGUCUGCAUAAAUCCUAUAGCGAUUAAGUGAUGUCAAAUAAUUUUUUGUAUUUAAUUAUUUUGAAUCGUUAAAAUGCCAUUCCACUUGGUUGUACACUGUUUGUUUAUUAGUUUAUUUUACAGAUUUGUCUAUGGAGAUAGGCCUGGAAAUGGUACUGGCUUUGACAUUGAGGUUGCUGAUCUUCUUGAGAUGGAACAAUGCCAUGGAGUUGUUGUUGCGUCUUCCAUAUUCGGUACUCUUGGGUUUCGUUUACCAUAUCUUGUUUAUUAUAUUGAAGCUCUUCAUGUGUUUCAGUUGAUCAGGUUUUCUUUCUGAUGAAUAGGGAACUACGAUAUAAUGCAACAGCCAAAAAACAUAAGUGAAGCAGCAAAAAGGAGUGUGUGUUUUUACAUGUUUGUGGACGAAGAGACCGCAGCCUGUAUAAAGAAUUCUACUACCCCGGGCAGCACAAAUAGAGUUGGAUUAUGGAGUGUGGUGAUCAUCAGAAAUCUUCCAUAUUCUGAUCCAAGGCGUAAUGGAAAGGUAUUUCCUCUCUUUUAUAUUUCCAUUGCGGAUGGACCAGACUAAACUAACUCAAACACUAUACCACUUGUUAUAAAUUGACACUUAGAUGGGUCUAACGCAACAUACAAUUUAAGUUUGAGUAGGUGCAGGAUUGCAUGUAACCGGCAUAAAUGUUUUUAAUUUAUUUGAACCUAGGCUCUCGUUUCUCAUUCUCCGAAUUGGUGAUAUGGAUUAGUUAUUUUACCCUGCUCCGUUUGAUUUAUCCGUGAGCUAUCUCUAGCAGCUGUAUCUUAUGCAGCAUUCAAAGUCAUCUAUUACUCACUAGAACAUAAACUAGCAUGGCAGUAGACGUUUUACUUUUCAGAUGUUUACCUUCCUGCCUUAAUUGGUCUGCUUUUAUCCUUUUUUGUGACACUGUUUUACUUAAUAAUGACUUACGCCAUCCACUUUCAGCGGAAUAGUGAGCUCUCAGAAAUCCUGAUAUUUCGCUAUGAAGUCUUCGACUAGUAAUUUUCCUACCAGUAUCAUGUUAUCUGACGUUGAGAUGCUCGCUGCCUUUAUUGCAUCUUCUAAUCUCACUAGACAUUAUGUCUAACGGGGUUUGUACUGUAUUAUGCCAUCUGUUAAUCUCUGUUAUUUCUGUUGCUUGCAGGUUCCCAAGUUUUUACUUCAUAGGAUUUUCCCCAAUGCUCGAUUUUCUCUAUGGAUUGACGGAAAACUUGAACUGGUUGUUGAUCCCUAUCAAGUUCUGGAGAGGUCAUUCUCGCUAAGUUUAGUUAUUUGUUUUUCUCCCAAAUGCUCACUUCUGCAUACCUGCGAUCUCAGUAUCAUGUUUCUUCGUCCAUAUCAACCGCAUCAAGUCAAAUCUCUAUUCCUAUUUGUUCUACGUUCAGAGUCCCAAAUCAGAACCAAGCAUGUAGUUAUAAAUCUUCUUCUGAAAAUUCGAUAUCUUAAAACUGCUUCAGCCUUUAUAUACUAAAUUAUUAUUAUCCGUGUUCAGAUUUUUGUGGCGGAAGAAUGCCACUUUUGCUAUCUCUAGACACUACAAACGCUUUGAUGUUUUUGAAGAAGCAGAAGCUAAUAAGGCAGCUGGGAAGUAUGAUAACGCUUCCAUUGAUCGUCAGAUUGACUUUUACAAGAGCGAGGGGCUGACUCAUUAUUCCUCAGCGAAGCUCCCCAUAACGAGUGGUACAUACGUGAAGUUUUUUCAUCUGCUCACUGAAUUGGUCCUGAGACUGGAAUUUCACCCCCCUAGUUUUUUUAUUCUUUUCAGAUGUUCCAGAAGCCUGCGUGAUCAUCAGAGAACACACUCCCAUCAGUAAUCUCUUCACAUGUCUUUGGUUUAACGAAGUUGAUCGGUUUACUUCCAGAGAUCAGCUUAGUUUCUCCACCGUGAGGGAUAAAAUAAGGUCAAAAGUGAAUUGGACUAUUGAAAUGUUUAUGGAUUGUGAGAGGCGCAACUUUGUUGUCCAGGUAAAACACAUUUAUAGAUAGAUAGAUAGAUAGAUAGAUAGAUAGUUUUGUGUUCAUUUAAAUUAAAAUAAACAGUCUAACAAAUUAAUAAACAAUGUUCUGUCAAAUAUUCAUGUCGUUUCUCGUCUGAGGGAUUGAACUGAGGGGAUUUUGCUAAUUUGAUAAUUGUGGAUCAUGCAGGGGUAUCACAGGGAUGUUCUAGAGCAGAAAAGGGCUCUUGUUGCUAGCUCAGGUCGACCACUGGCUCAACUUGCGCCACCGAGUCCGCCCAAGGAGUUGCUACCGGAGAGUGUGCCCAUCUUGAAGGUGAAAAAGGCUCCCAUCAGACGGGGAAGAGAGAUGAAAUCUAGUUCAAAGAGGUGA